GUUUGUAAAUAUACAAUCAUAUUUAUGAUAAAUAAAAAGCCUUGCAUUACAUAAGCAUAAUGUUGUUACUUUAGUUACAAAUUAUCAUUAAUAAUUUAUUGAUUAAAAGUCGGUUAUUAACGACUUUACCAUGUUUAUGUAUAAAAAUAUGCAACCAAACAAGACAAGAUGCCUGAUUGGACUAAGGUGGUUAAAUAUCGGAAGAGCACUGACGAAGGCUAAACCUGCAAAAUUGGAAUCUAAAUCUUCAGAGCCAGUCUGCAUUUAUGAUAUGUGUGCUAUCAAGCCUGGCACUCCACAACCUGCAGUAGUCAUCAUUGGCGCUGGGAUGGCUGGUUUGUCUGCUGCCAAUCGUUUGAUGCAAUGUGGUAUAACUAACUUCAAGGUCGUCGAGGCGAUGGAUGGACCCGGAGGGCGCAUGAAAACUUGCUGGAUAGGAGACGCUGCCGUGGAAAUGGGGUACCCUUACAUAGAUGGAGCCAGCUUGGCCAACACAGUGUUCACCCUGGCGGCACAAGAACGCCUCCUGAAGGCCCCGGUCGAGAGGGUCGUAGACGACUCCUUGCUCUUCCUGACCAGCGAGGGCAGAGCCAUCGACAGCGAGACCUCCAGCAAGGCCAUCAACAUCUUCAACGAGCUCAUCGAGAACGCGGUCGAGAACGAACCAAAGAGUGGCGCUCAGCACGGAGCGAACCUCUCGAGCUACAUCGACUGCGGCCUCAAAGCCCACCUGAACAGCUACCCCAAGCACGAGAGGUGGGACAUCUCCAGGGCUGUCUACGGGCUCAUGGGCACGCUGAAGGCUCAGUAUGGAGAAGAUUUGGAUAAGCUGAGCGCUAGCGCGUUGCUGACCAACGAGGAGAUCCCCGGAGGGAGGGUGAAGAUACCCGUCGGCCUGGCAGGACUCAUGGCGCCCCUCGUGAGGAACCUCCCACCGAACGCCGUGAUCUACUGCAAGCCGGUGCACUGCAUCCUCUGGGGCACGGCAGGCCCCGGGGCACCCAGGGCGAUCGUCAAGUGCUGCGACGGAGAGAACUUCCCGGCCGACUACGUCAUCGUCACGGUGUCUCUCGGGGUGCUGAAGGACUCCGCCGACCGGCUCUUCUGUCCCAAUCUGCCGUCGUACAAGAUGUCUGCCGUGAACAGCCUCGGGUUCGGGAAUGUCAACAGGGCGUUCCUCAAGUUCGACUCCCCCUUCUGGGCAGAGAGCGGGGGGUCGUUGAUCCUGGCUUGGACCCCGGCGGAUCUCGCCGAAGAGAGGUCCUGGCUGAGAGGAGUCACCAACUUCGAAGCGGUCUCCGGAUCUAGCAAGGUAUUGGCAGCUACGGUGGCCGGCCCUGAAGCUACGGUAAUGGAGUCGUUGGAAGACCACGAAGUCGUUGAAGGACUGAUGUCGCUCCUCCGGAGGUUCCUGGGUUCGACAGUGGUGCCAACUCCUACCGAGGUCCUGCGGUCCGAUUGGCGGAAGAACACUUACUUCUGUGGCUACAAGACCUUCCUGAGCCUGGGCUCCGGCCCCGGGAUGCUGGACAGCCUCAGCACUCCUCUCCCCUUCGACUGCGGCGACAUUCCUCCUAUAAUAUUCUUCGCCGGUGAGCACACCCAUCCGACCCACUAUGGAACACUCCACGGCUCCAGGGUGUCCGGCAUUAGGGAGGCGACUAGGAUUGCAGACUUGACCAAGAGGUUCGGAGGACCACCGGUAAAGGGUCCACCAUGCAAUCCUUGCAAUUGAAGCUCUGAUAUUUCACAUUUCCCGACAGUAAAAAAUGAUUUAAAAUAAUAAUAAAAUGAAAUAAAUUGUUCUAUAUAA